AUGGUAUAUGAAGUGGGAUGUAACCAUGCUCAGAGCGUUGGAUUUUCAACAGAUGGAUUUGCAACAAAGAACCAUAACCGAAACCCGAGGAAGACGAUUCCGAUGGAAACUUUAGGUUUAUUCCGGCGAUGGAAUAUUCCGGCGAGACCACCGGCAAAUAUGAUCCAUCCCGGUUUAAUCGGCCUAUGCAGCAAACCGUUUCAAAAGCAACUAACCAAGAAAGAAGUAAACUUUGAAGAAGAUCAAGAACAGAGCAAGCUAGUGUUAUCGAAAUCGUUGGAGAUAAUGAGCUUAAGGAGAUUUGUGAUUUUAGUGUUUGGAUGUUUUGGAACAAAGAUUGUCGUGAGAUUUGUUUGGCUAUUGAUACUAUAA